AUGGUUCAACUUCUAUUUUCUUUAAAACUUCUUCGUAUGUCAUAUGGUUUCUUGAAACAACAAGGUUUAUUGAAAGCGAAACGAUCAAUAACUUACGUCUGACUAUUUGAUUCUUGAAAAAGAAAAAUUAAGAGCAGAAGAAGUCGCAUGUCAGAAUACAUUUCUGAAUUUAUGAAAAGUAAACUAACAUUAUAUAUAAAUUGCUGAAAUUAUUUAUAUUAAAAUUAUAAACAAUAUUUGUAUUUAUUUACAGAUUCUACCCUUCUGAUCAUGAUUAUAUUGUUGUACAACCGGAAGAUGUUAAUGGAAAAACUUUGGCAAUUCUAUCGAUAACUGAUCCAGAUGGACCAAUUGGGCCGAAUUCAACAAUAACAGUUGUGAAAGGAAAUGAAGAAUCAAUUUUUGCAUUGAUUUCAAGAUCGAAUAUUAAUAUUUUAACACUGCGAAAUAUUGAGAAAGCUGAAAAAUCGAGAUAUGAAAUUGUAUUUGAGGCAAAUGAUGAUCAACUUCCAAAUGAUAGAAAAACUCGAAAAAGUUUGAAGAUUUAUGUAAAGAAAAAUAUGAAAACAGAAGUUAAGAUUGAUGUUCCAUCAAAAAUCAAUGUUGAAAUUCCGAAAAAUAUUGCGAUUGGAAGUUAUGUUACUCAUAUUAACAAUAAUUGCAGUAACGAAUGCUAUUUUGAAUUGGAAGAUGUUUCGAACUCUUUUGCCAUUGAUAGAUCGAGUGGAGUUGUUACAACAAGAACAUCUAAAAUAUCAAUCGAUAAUGUCGAAUUUAUUGUUCGAACAUUUUUACCACCACCAAGGGAAGAUUAUCUCGAAACAUCAGUGACGGUCAAGACAUUGAAAAAAACAAAAACUUCAAGAAUACAUCUUCGAAGAACUUAUCAAUUUUCGAUUUGGGAUAAUUCUACAGUUGGAAAUAUUGUUGGAACUCUUCCCAAAGCCAAUAUUUAUUCAUCAAUUUCUGAAAAUUCAAUAGUUGGUGUAUUUCCAGAUGGAUCUAUUUAUUUGGCAAAACCUAUUCCAGAAAAAAGUCGGAUUUUGAACCUCGAAGUUGUUUUGAAACAAGAUAAUGCCACGCAGUUGACAACAGUUACAGUUAUUGUUCGAAAAAACAAAAGGGAUAGUAUUUUGAGGUGCAGUGAUACCAGAUUUUUGAUCGAGGAAAAUGAGAAACCUGGAAGUAUAAUUGGAAGUUUUGAUGUUGAACAAAUUGGAUUUUAUGAUCUACUUGACUCCCAAGAUUUAUUAUUUAUCAGUGGAGCAAAUUUGAUCAGCCGUGUAUCAUUUGAUGCCGAAAAAUCGACUUCUUUGAACUUCAAAUAUCGCCUAACUUCGAUUGAUGGAAAAUUUGUGAAUUGCAAUGGAGCUCUAGAAAUUGAAGAUGUGAAUGAUAAUGCUCCAAUAUUUGAUCGAUAUUUUUAUGAAACAACUAUUUUCACUGAAGGAACUGUUGAUUUGAAUAUUUCAACAAUUGAUUUGGAUAUAUCUUCAAAACACAGAAAUGUUGAAUAUCGAUUAUUGAAUUAUAUCGAUAUGUUUAGUAUUGAUCGAAAAAAUGGAAAGUUCAAUACAACUGUGAAUUCUCCAUUUUCAAGAUUGAAUUUAUCAAUUGAAGCUGUUAAUGAUAGAUUAACCACGAAGAGUUUUGUAUUGAUAACAUCAGUGAUCAACAAAUCGAAAUUUGUGUUGAAGUCAGAGAAGAUUUUGAGAAUCUAUAGAAAUGAUGUGCCUGGAAAUGUGAUUUAUAAAUUGGAAAUUAGUGGAGCAAAUGAUUUUGUUGAUUGGAAAUUUGAGGAUGAAGAAAAGAGAUUUUCAAUUGAUUCAACUGGAAAUGUUCGACUUCUUGAAUUUUCACCAGAAGAAAAUGAAAUGUUGAAAAAGUGGACGAUUCUGAAGUUGAAUUCGAUUGAUUAUAAAUUCGAUGUUGAAUAUAUUUUUGACGAAGAUCGAAAUGAACAUGCAAAUAGUGUCGAAGAUUUGGAAUUUAUUGGAGGAAAAAUUGGUGUUGGAAGUGGCUCAAAAGUUGUUCGAACUAUCCCGGAAAUUCAAUAUUUUAUCAGAAAUGGGAGUUUAUUUUUGGAAAAUGAAUUGGCGCCGAGAGAAGAUGUUUAUGUGUUUACUGAAGGGUGAGUGGUUUUGGAUUUUUUACAAAGCUAGAUUAAGAAACUUCAUUUUUUCAAAAACCAAGUCCAUUUUAGGUUCACCAAUUUCACCAAUUUAUUCCAAUUUUUCAGGCCUACCAAAAAUCGAACUUUCCAUUUGCAUUCUCCUUCCUCAUUUUCUUCCCACUUGUGCCAAUCAAAAAUUUUGUUGAUUUCAAGUCCUGGAAAAAUCGCACUGAAUUGUUCCACUGACUUCAAGUUAUUAACAAGUGUUUCGAAUGUUUUGCCAAAUCUUACGAUCACAAAUAUCGAGGAAAGUGUUCAAACAUUGGAUCUUGUAACAUCAACAGGAUCUCCAUUUAUGAUCACAUUAAUUCGAAAUAAAACAUCGGAAGAUGUCAAAUUUUCGACGAAUAAUAUUUUGAUGCUUGUUUCCUCUUCACAUUCAUUGAAUUCGUCAUUUGGAAGAGUUACAGCUGAAUCAAAUUAUCGAAUUCGAUAUUAUCUUGUUGAAACAUCACAAGUUUCAAUUGAUCCAGAUACUGGAGAAUUAUUCCUGAAAGAGAGAUUCUAUAAAACAUUGAAUGAUAUUAUUUUGGUUGCUGUUGUUCCAACUGGAAUUACUCGAGCUAAAUUGACAAUUGAAAUUAUCGAAGAUCAUUUGCAUAUUGGAAAUAAGAAUAUUGUUAUAUUUGCACCAUUUCAAAUUCAAUUGAAUCAACAAAUUGGUAUAAUUGAUAUUGGAAGAAAUGAUUUAUUGAUUGAUAUUAUUGAUGAUUAUUUUUAUGUUCGAGAUAAUCAAUUAUUGAUCAAGAAAAUUCCACCAACUGGUAGAUUUUAUGAUUUGGAAGGAAUUGCAAAGAAAUCGAAAUUAUCUGCGAGUUUCAAAGUUACUGUAGUUUUUGGAGAUUCAAGAAAUGCCAAUCAAAAUGAAAAUGAUCUGAAAUAUGAAAUCGAGGAACUUUUACCAGCUGGAAGUGUUAUUGGAAGUGUGCCAAAUCCAAAAACUGCGAAAUAUCGAUUGAUUGAUAUGAAUUGUGGAUUAUUGAUUGAUCAACAAGGAAUUAUUCGAAGUUCUCAGAUUUUCAAUCGAAGUGAAACAUUGAAUAUUACAACUAAGAUGAUUGAUAUUGGAAUUAGUAAAAUAUGGAAUAUUUAUGUGCAAAUCAAAGAAGUUAAUAAUAAUCCACCAGACAUCAAAAAUUCGCCGAAAAAAUUGUUUGCUGGAGAUCAAUAUGAACUCAUUGUUGAAGAUGAAGAUGAAUCUGAUGUAUUUAUGGAAGUUAUAGCUGGAGAUCCAUUGAAUUAUAUUAAUUUGGAAAAUGGAAAAAUGCUUGUUUCUCAAGAAGUUGAGAUUCCUUUCAAUGUUACACUUCGGAUUUCUGAUCAACAACCUCCUUUCAAAUAUAACUUUGAAGAUAUUUCAAUCGAAAUUUUGCCAAAAUUCCCCCAAGCUCCGAUUUGUGCUAACAAAACAAUUGGAAUUUUUGGAAAAUCGCCGAAAGUUGGAGAUUUAAUUGGAAGAGUUGAUAUCAGAAAUGGAAAAAGAGGAACUUUUAGAAUAUUGAAUUCGGAAACUUCUCAUUAUUCAAUCAAUAAUAUUGGAGAAAUAUUUGUGAAAUCGUCGAUGGAAAAAAUCAGAGGAUCUCAAAAACUUGAAGUUGAAGUUCGAAGUUAUUCUGGAUUACAAUAUUCAUUUUGCCACGUGGAUAUCAAUUCUGAUUUUGUUGAAAAAGAUUUUGGAAUAUCGAAAGAGCAUGUGGUUUUUGAUGUUUUGGAGGUAAGAUAUUUCUGGGGAAAAAAUUGAAUUAGGAUUUGAAAUUUACAGAAAAAAAAUGUGUUUUGUUGAAAAUAAAUUCCCAAGUAUUUUUGAAAAAUAAUAAUUUGAAAAUGAAUUAUGUUCGAAAUUUUCUGAAUUUGUUAAAAUUUUUACCUGGAUUCAAAAAUCUAUAAAAUUUCACAAAACUGAGAUUACUGUAGCUACAAACCGAAAAUAAUCGAAUAAACUCAACUCUCGUUUUUCAGACCGCUGUUCCUGGCACAGAAAUCGGAAAAGUUCAAGAAAAACUGAAAAAUGUGAUUUUCGAAAUCGAAAACGAUGAUAAUUUCACAAUUUCGAGUUUUGAUGGAAUGAUUCGCGUGAACUCGCCAUUAGAUUUUGAAAAUAUUCAGAAAUUUCAAAUCACUGUUAACAUUUAUAAAUUGGGCCAAGUUUUAAAAAAGUGAGUUUUUUCUUUUGAUUUUGACAAUAAAAUAAAUCUUGCAAUUUUUCAGGAACAUUGAAAUCAAUAUUAUAAAUGAAAAUGAUGAGAUUCCUCGUUUUAUAACUGGAGAUGUUGUUUAUCUUUCAAUGUUAGAAGAACAAAAAGCACCAUUGAUUGUUGGAAGUUCGAUUGCUGAAGAUCUUGAUGAUCAAAUAAUUACAUAUAGUAUUGUCUCGGGAAAUACAUCAAUGUUUUCUGUAAAUUCAACAACAGGACAGAUUUCGUGUUUACAAACUGUUGAUCGAGAAGAAACACCGAAAUUUGAAUUGGAAAUUGAAGCUCGAGAUGGAAAAGGAAAUUAUGCGACAUCAAAAAUUGUUAUAAAUGUUGAAGAUGUUAAUGACAAUUCACCGAUCUUCGAUCAAAAUAUUUAUAUUGUUGAUGUUAUGGAAAAUAGUCAAAUUGGUAUGAAGAUUAUAAAAAUACACGCAGAAGAUCGAGAUGAAAAAGGAGAAAAUUCGAGAAUUAGUUAUAGUAUUGAUGAUUCGGUACAAUUUCGAAUUGAUGAAGCAACUGGUUGGAUUACUGUUGUUGGAAAAAUUGAUCGAGAAAUUAUUCAUAAUCAAAAUAUUACUGCAAAUAUUAUUGCGACUGAUCAUGGAAAACAACCUAAAUCUACAAAAGUUCCGAUUAUUUUCAAUAUCCUUGAUGACAAUGAUAAUUCACCAAUUAUUCUGAAUUCGGAAUCUGAUAUUUUUGUGCCAGCAGAAAUCAAGAAGGGAGAUAUUGCAUUUGUUGUUGAUGUCAGUGAUAAAGAUCAAGAUGAUUCAUUGAAAUUCAAUAUAAUAUCGACUGAUUAUGAGAUUAACAAUUCUGGAGAAGUUUUAUUCGUUAAAAAUGGCAAAAAUAAAAUUGAAGUGAUUGUGGAAGAUUCAGCCAAACAUACAACUUCGAAAAUAUUCCAACUUCAAAAAUAUCCUGGAAAAUUCCCAAAGUUUUCUAAAAAUUUGAAGAGAACCUGGAAGAUUAGCGAGGGAAUUCGAAAAACAAUUGGAAAUUUUGAAGUUGAGAAAAUCGUACCGAAUUUAACUUAUCAAUUGGUGGAAUCGAAUAAAUGUAAAGGAUAUUUCGAGAUUUCUCAAAAUGCCACGUUGGUUUCGAAAGAAAUUGUGGAUCGAGAAAAUGUGGAGAAAUGUGAUAUUUGGAUUGUUGCAAAGACAAGAUCAAGAGAUCGAAAAGAACUUCGAAGUUACUUGAAAUUAGAAAUCGAAAUAAUGGAUGUGAAUGAUAAUAUUCCGAUAUUUGAGAAACAAUUAUAUCGAUUUGAAGUGAAAGAAAAUGGAGGAGAAGCAUUGAAAAUUGGAGAUGUAAAAGCAAUUGAUAAAGAUAAAAAUGAUCGAAUAAAUUAUCGAAUUAUUAGUGGAGAUAUAUUUCAUGAAUUUGUUAUCAAUGAAUUUGGAAAUAUUGAAGCAAUUCGAGAUUUGGAUAGAGAAACAAUUGAAGAAUAUCGAUUAGUUAUUGAAGCAUCUGAUUCAUUUCACACAUCAAAUACAACUGUUAUUAUCAAAUUAUUGGAUGAAGAUGAUAAUGCUCCAAGAUUUUCGAGAAUAUUUCAUGCCGAAAUUGAAGAAAAUGUUGAGAUUGGCAGUUUUGUUGUGCAAAUUUCUGCUUCGGAUGCGGAUUUGGAUGAAAAUCAUCAUUUCUUUUUUGAAGGAGCUGAUGAAAUUCCGUUUAGAAUUGAUGAAAUGACUGGAAUGGUUUAUACCAAAGAUGUUCUGGAUUAUGAAAAGAAAUCUUCAUAUCGCGUCAAAGUUCGACUUCAAGAUGGAGUUUGGUCGAUUGAGACAAGUUUAUUUAUCACAAUUCUGAAUAUCAAUGAUAAUCCACCAAUAUUUGAGCACAACUCAUAUGCUUUUAUAGUUUCAAAUUCUGAAAUAAUUGGAAAAGUUUUGGCAAAAGAUUUGGAUUCUGAUUCAAUUAUUCAAUAUUCAAUUGAUGAUCCAAAUUUUGAUAUAAAUUCAACAAAUGGAGAAAUCAAGUUAUGUAGAAAUAUCAGUACACCUUUCUUGGAAUUCACAGUCAGUGCUUAUGAUUCGAAAUUUAAAAGUGAUUCGAAAGUUUUUGCCAUUUUUGAGAAAAUGUGGAAUAUUGAAGAGAGAUUUUAUAAUGGUUCGCCUGAUUUUAUCGAAGAUUUUGAGAAGGUAAUUUGAUAAUUUUUUUCUUUCAAAAUGUGAAAUAUUCCUAUUUCAGAAUUCUUCUCAAAUUCUUCCUGAUCUGUCUGCUAAUCCAUCGAUAUUUUAUGUUCUUGAUGAAGCUCGGAAAAAUCUUUUAAUCUACAAAUUGACUAUUCGUCCGUCCAAUUUCUCAAAACUGGAAGAUUUGGAGAUUGAGAUUCCAAGUUUCACGGAAAUCGGAGAUAUUAUUGGAAAAAUUGAAGCUGAUGUUUAUUUUGAGAAUUCAGAGGAUCUACCAAUUGAAAUUGAUUCGAUGAGAAAUAUUCGAUUGAAAAAAGGUGAAGCUGGAAAAGUUGGGAUGGUUUAUAAUGAUGGAAUUUGGCCAAAAACUAAUGAGACAUUGAAUAUUCUUAUAAAAUUUAUGUCGGAAGACGAUGUGAUUUCGAAACAGAAAAGUAUUUUACACCAACGACAACCACAAGUUCAAAUAUUCGAAGUUUUGGCAUAUCAGAAUACUACGGAAAUCAAUUUAUCGAUGAUUAAUCAACCAAAUUGUGUUGUAGAUCAUCCACAAUUUGCAUAUUCACCAGCCAAAUUGAUUGUUGUCGAGAAAAUCAGUGUUGGAACUUAUCAAUUGAAUCUGAAAUGUGCCGACCAAGAAUUUCUUUUGGAUGUCACAAUUCUGUCAACUAAUGAAUCUCGAUAUCCUGAAGUUAUUUACACGAACAACCAUGGAUUUUCAAUGGAACUUGCGGAAAUUGGAGAGACUUCCAAGUUUUAUCUCGCUGAUGAUAAUUUGAGAUCAAUUUUUGAAUUGAAUGAAAAUGGACACUUCAAGACCAAAAGAGAACUUGCGAGAGGAGUUUAUAAAGUUCCAAUCAAGAUUCAAAAUGAAAAAAUUAUGAUGAGAAUUAUCGUAGAAAAUUCAGAUACUGUGAUUUUCAAUUCUACUGAUGUUCAAUUGAAUUCUAUAAAUCCAUUGACGAAUUCACAGAUGUCUGAGGCUAAUACAAAAACCACAAUUGAGAGAUUUGAGAUCGAGGAGCCGGUUGAAAUUGAAGUUAUUUGUUUGAAAUCAUCGAUUGCAAAUCUUAUCAUUGAUUUGAGAAAGAAAUAUGAUGAUAUGAAAAUCAAUAUUAUAUCAGCAUUUGAAGUUACCUUCGAUCUUCGAUAUCGCCUUAUUUUUUCAAUUAUUGAUCGAAAUGGAAAAGUUUUGGAUUCAUCGGAAACUCGAAGAACAUUAAGAUCGUAUUUCGAACGAAUAAAUAAACCAUCAUAUAUUGAAGUUGUUGGAUUUUCGAAGGAUCUUUGCUCGGAUUGUAAAUUUGGAUUGGAUUCAUCGUCUCGACUUCAAACUCGAUACAAAGAUCAAAUAUUCGAUAUUCCAAGUGGUAAUUUGAUUAUCAAAAAGAAGGAAGAGACUGUAAUUCAGAAUAUAGUUCAAGAUUCAGAUGAAAAUGUUUGUGGAAAAUCAGGAAUAUGUCAAUGUUCAAAUGGUUUCGAAAGUUAUACAUCUUGUGACAAUGAAUUGAGUGGAUUUUCUGCGAAAAGUUUGAAGAUAAAUGUGAGAAAUUAUUCGAAAAUUGAAGAAAUGGCUGAAAAAGAUUGUGAUGGAGAACAGAAAAUUGAAGUGGAUUUCAAAACUGGAGUCAAGGAUCAAAAGAUAUUUAUGAUUAUCGAUUUUGCGAAACAAACUGCGAAAAUUGAAACUAUUAAUGGAUAUCUAAAAUUCAGUUUAUAUGAAAAUUCGAACCACUUCAGAAAACAUAUCGAAGUUCAACUUGACAGGAAAAUAAAUGAUGGAAGAUGGCAUCGAUUUAGAUUUUCAAUGAAGAAAAAGAAAAUAGCAAUUCAAAUUGAUGGAAAAGGAAAAGAAUUGAAAUCAAAAAUCAAUCUACCACUAUUGUACACUGCAAAAUCAAUCAAUUUUGGAGAAUUUUGCUAUCGAAGAUUAAUUGCUCAGAAUAUACUUUUAUAUGCAAGUUCAAAUCCUCUUUUCAAUUUUGAUACUUCUGAAUUAUCUGGAACUUGUUCUUCGGAUUCUCAAGAACCACAACGAAUAUUUGGAAACCUCGCAAUUAUUCUAUCAAUAUCUCUUUUUAUUAUUUUGAUCUUCAUUUCUGGUCUCAUUUUCUGUUUGGUUCGAAAAUAUCAAAAUAAUAAAACUGGUUGGGAAGAAGCAAAAGAAAUUGAUGCGUAUCGAACCAAAAUCUCAGGAAAUAUUAAUAUGGCUUAUUUUUAG